GUUCAAUCCAAUAUGGCGGCAAACGGUGUAUGAGAGGUGCGGAAUGUUUUGAUUCGGAACGAACAAUAAAAAAAAAAUUGUAUGGAAAAAAAACUCAUAACGAAUCGCGAAAAAAAAUACGCAAUGGCCGGUGAAUUAACGUGGUUCUCGUGUUGUUAAUAUUAAUUAAUCGAUCUCGAAGUUAAUUGUGUUAAAACUAUUGUGUUAUUGAAUUGAAUAUUUUUUUAUUUUUGAUUUAGCAUUUGUGUUCUCUAAUGUGUUCGUUUGUAAUAAUAUGUGAGAGAUUACACGCUAGAUAUGUCUACCGAGCCUGAUAAAACUACGGGAUGCCCGAUAGAGUGUGAUAAUAAUGUUAAUUCUGAUUUAAAAGAAUCUGUGAACAAAUUUUGUGUUACAAGUGAUGUAGAUAGUAAGAAAAAGAAAAGUGGACGCUCAGUGCGUUUUCCAGAUGAGGAUCUCAUAGUUACGGAGUACUUUGAACCUGAAAACCCUUGGCAAGAUGCCGCCGCAGUAGGACACACGGGCGUUAAAUAUCCAGAACCAAUCUCCGACCACCGUAAGCGCGGGUCUGCGGACGACGAACAAGAGUAG